UGAAAUAUUUUGUAAUAUCUUAUAUUUUGUUUUCCUUUGUAAGCUAGCACGCAUAUAUCAACGAGAAAAUAGUUUGUCGCCAUGCUGUAAGUGGUUAAUUGGUUUUGCCUUAAAGAUUUGGAAUCAAGAUUGAGUUGAGAUCUUCGCACCUUCCGUGACUGUCUGGGAUAGUCGCUGAAAGCGAUCUGUAGGGAACACUCGGUGCAUUAUAUCUAUGUUUUCAUUAAUUUAUCUUUCUGUUUUCUUUUUAAAAACCGUGGUAUCAUAAAAUGCAAGACGGCGGUGGAAAUGAUUUAUUUUAAUAUGAAAGGAUCAUUUACUUAGAUUCAAUUCGGACAUGACCAUCACUUCCGGCUUUAUUUACCGGAAGUUAUGGUGAAAUCUUUUUAGUAUUUCUAUAUAUGGAUGAUUAGGAUGUGGACUUUGUAAAGCCUGCUCCAUUAGUUAGUCAGUUGUACACUCCUUCAAUAUCUUGUGAAUUGACCUCAGUUUUCUCUAAGUCGAUCUUAUUUAUACAUCCCUGGAUAACAUGAAGGGCACUUUAGAUUUUGUGAAAAAUGAGGCAGCAGUGGCCUUCUUAAAGGAGGUGAACCAGCCCCAGACCAAUGGACAGACUGCCCCCACAGUCACCUGGGAAGAGGCUGUCAAGUUCUUAAUGGCUAGAAAAUUUGAACUUCCUCGUGCACUGGACCUUUAUAGAAACCACAGGCUAAUCAGACAAAGAGAAGGCUUGAUUAACCUUUACCCCCUAGACAAAUCAGUGCAAGUGGAAUUGCUGUCUUUAAAAUUUACAAUCCUGCCCGCCAGGGACAGCAGUGGGGCAGCCAUAGCCCUGUUUACUGCACGUUACCACAACCCCGCCAGCACCUCACACCAGGCCGUGUUGAAAGCCUUGAUGUUCCAGCUGGACUCUGCUCUUGAAAGCACUGAAACUCAAAGGAAUGGACUAGUAUUUAUUUAUGACAUGACUGGAUCAAAAUACAGCAAUUUUGACUAUGACCUAAGUAUUAAGAUAUUGGACUUGCUAAAGGGUGGUUUUCCUGCCAGGUUAAAGAAAGUCCUGGUUGUUACAGCACCCUUGUGGUUCAAAGCUCCCUUCAAAAUACUCAGAUUAUUUGUACGACAAAAACUUCGAGACCGGGUAUUCACUGUGAACAGCCCCCAGUUGACAGAUCACAUCCCUGUGGAGUCUCUUCCCAAACAACUAGGGGGAACACUAGAUGUGGACCAUCAGGCAUGGCUCAAACAUUGUCUCAAACAUGGUGCAAUGAAAGUGGAUGACAAGAUGUUUGAAAGCUUUCUCAAAGCAGCAAGGAAUGAUUCUAAUAUAGUAGUAGCAAACAGUGUGAAAGGCACCUCUGACAAUAGUCCCGUGUCUCCUGUCAGUGAGGACCUGGACUCCCAGGGCUCCAAGGAGACUGUCAGUGAGAAACAUAACCAUGAGGAGAGAGAGAAAGAAGUAGAGGAGGAGAAACCUGGGAAUGAGGCCUCCAGAGACAUGAACGGCCAGGCCGAGGUUUACACAUUAAGUAACAGUGAUGAGUCCAGUGAAGUGGGCUCACCCCCCUGUAAGAGGGCCGUGGAGUCCUCCCCUGACCUAAGCCCAGUGUCUGGUCAGCUCCAGCCACAACUGCCCAGGAAGAAGCGUCCGGCAGAUGCAGACUUUGAUGAUGGUUCCAUUCAUACCUCACAGAACCAGGGCAUGUCUAUAGAGGAGUUUGCUAAGAUGGUGAAGGCCAAGGGGAAGCAGGGACUGUACAAAGAGUAUGCUUUCCUGAAGGCAGAGGCACCAAAAGGCACAUUCAAUGAUUCAAAAGCUCGGCACAAUCUCCCCAAGAACCGUUACACUGAUGUCCUGUGUUUGGACCACAGUAGAGUGAGACUAGAAUGUAUUGAUGGGGACCCCACCACUGACUACAUCAAUGCUAACUUUGUGGACGGGUACAAGCAGAGAAAUGCUUAUAUAUCCACACAGGGGCCACUUCCAAAGUCUUUUGAUGAUUUCUGGAGAAUGGUCUGGGAGCAGCAGGCACUGAUCAUAGUCAUGACAACAAAAGCUGUGGAGAGGAACCGUGUGAAGUGUGGGCAGUACUGGCCUAAUGAGGAAGACACCUAUGAACAAUAUGGAGACUUAAUUGUUAUCAACACCAAAAUAGAACUGAACAAAGAUUACACAGUCUCUACACUAGUAAUACAGAACCCUAAGACAGAGGAGCACAGGACAGUGACCCACUUUCAGUUCACCAGCUGGCCAGACUAUGGCGUCCCCCACUCGGCCUCAGGAUUCCUUGACUUCAUGUUCCGGGUACGUCGACACCAAGAGCAAAGAGUGUCAGAGCUUGGUGGCAGCUGGAAAGGCCACCCCCUGGGGCCCCCCAUAAUUAUACACUGCAGUGCUGGAAUAGGGAGAACAGGAACCUUCAUUACCAUGGACAUCUGUACUAAGUGGCUGGCAGAUGACUGUAAGGUGGAUGUGGAGUCUACAGUGCAAAGAAUACGGUCACAACGUGCUUUCAGUAUACAGAUGCCAGACCAGUACGUGUUCUGUCAUCUGGCAUUACUGGAACAUGCACAGCGCGAAGGCGUAUUGGGAGAGAUCGACUUGGACGGAUUUGAUGAUAGUGAAAGUGAAAGUGAUUGACAAAUUUAAAGGACAGGAAUUCAGUGCAUUAUAGUCACUCACAGCCUCAGUGAUAUGGAAGAUGUGUAUAGCAUCCAGAUCCAGGACAAACAUACUUAAUGGCAAUAGAUAAAGUUCAGUUUUAGUUCCUGCUGUGAACAGCUGUGUAUUGUCCUGUCACUAGGUAGUCAUGGGAUAUGGAGAAGGUUGUCAGUGCAGUGGAUUCCACUCAGCUGCCCAUAGGAUCAACAACUGACAGUCUGGAUACAGGGAUGUCACUGCAGCAUACAUUAUUGUAUUAAAUACAACUAUACCAUGUUACUCAACAUUAUCACACAAGAUGUGUUGUAAGUAGAGUGGACAGUCCACUUACACAGAGGUGGAAAUCUCUGGAUAUAUUUGCUGUACAAGCAGCUACUCAUGACGCAUCUAGGUUCACAAGAACUCAAUUCAACUAGUAGCAGUAUGUAUGGAAAUGGAAAAAUAAUUAGGAUAACAAAACAGAAAUGCUUACUUUAUAUAAUGUUGUUUCAAAUUAUAAACUAGAUUUCUGUGAAUUGCUUCCUUUAUUAGAGUAUUAGGUAGUAUUUAUUGGACAUCAUUCAAUGUGAAAAUGCAAACAUAAAGUGAAGGGAUAGUUUCAGUUUUGAUUGACUGAUCCCAAUAACAAAGGUUUAACUACAUAACUAUGACAAAGGUUAAGCUACAUAGUUAUAAAAUAAAAUAACAACAUUACUUCAAAACUACAUAACUAAUAAAAAUGUCAAGCAACAACAAAAAACAUACGUUGUGGUUUAUCUAAUUUUAUUUAUUUUUCUUUCAGUUAACUUCUGAUUCCAUUUUCCUCUUAGUUGACACAUUCCAUGUAGUCUUCUUGUUUUCAGAAACUGGAAGUUUUCACCUUACAUUUUAUUUUGACUGAAAAUAUAGUGUACAAACUUAAUAUGCAGUUGCAGCCUGCAUAUUUUGGAGACAUUGACAGUUCAUUAUAUUUUAAACAAGUUCUCUACUCUCAACACAGCAGACCAUAGUUGUAAGUACUGGGAAACUGUGAACUCUUUCUUUCUGGCGCAGUGCAAUGUCUUAAUCCAGUGUACAUAUAGAUAUAUGUGGUGUAGUAACUGUACAAGUGAAAUUGUAGCUCUGUCAAUUCUGUGUCAUCCCUACACAGUUGUUAACUUGGCUUGGGUAGUGUACAAAUUGCACAGGUUAAAACUGUAGACAAGAUUAUAUGUGGUAAAUUAAUGGAUGGCAAAUUGUGUUGCAUAUAUAUAAAUAUAUUUGGAAACAUAAAAUGGCAUGAAGCACAUCAAGAUGUACUUAAAUUCUAGACACAGGACUUGAUGGACAUAUAAGAUAUGCUAAAAUGAGUGAAAGAGCAUUGGUAUUUUUUCUGUGGAAUAUAUAAAGCAAGUAGCAAAAUUACAAUGUAAGGGCAGUUUAAUUGUGCAUCCACAGUAUAUUCAAUGUAAAGUUUGCCUGUAUAAUAUAUUAUAGAUAAAAAUGGAGUUGCGUAUCUGAUGCUUGUUGUCUUGUCUUCUAUCUCUUAUUGUACCACAGCAACAUCAACCAGUAGUUUCUCAUUGUAUUAUACAGUAUCAUUUAUUUAUUUAUUAGUUAAUAAAUGACAGAGUUCAGUAUAUAAGUUGCUUCAAUGUGAAGUGUUUUAAAUGAGUUUUGUACUUUGAUAUUAUAAGUUAAUCAGCUGGGUUUGUAUUCCUCACCAGAUAUAUUUCCAUAUUUUGUAUAUAAACAGGAACUAUCUGUCACAGUUACCCAUCAAUAACACCAUUCAUAAAGAAAAGCAUUGUAGUGUAACUAUUAAGAUAAAACUUUGAAAAUAUUGAUAUAAAAAGUAUUCAGCUAGAAUACAAAAUUAUUAUUUAUGAUACUUUUAUAUUAUUAUAUGUACAAGUAUAUAAGUUAUAUUGUGUAUGAUAAAAGUACAAAUGUAGUAGAUAUGGCUAUAUUGUAAUAAUAAAUAUGAAUAGAUUAUA